UAUAUUAAUGUUAUUUUCAUACAUUAUUUUUUUAGAAUUAAUAUUUUAUUAUCGUUCAAUAUUUUGUUAAUAGCAAUAAAUAAAUAAUUUAUAAUAUUAUGUAGUAUAUAUACUGUCAUAUUUUUUUUAUGAUACAUAAUUUGAUAAAGUUAUAUUUCAUUAUAAAAAAUUAAUUAUUUUAUUUAAAACUAAUAAGAUGGACGAUGAUUAUGACGAAUAUCGUCGUUGGGAUGGAGAUGUCGAUGUUGAAGUGGAUGAUAAUGAUGAUAUUUUGGAAAAUCCACAAGAAACAUUAACACAAUGCUUAGAAAAGUUUAGUAGCUCUGACUAUAUCAUGGAACCUGGAAUUUUUUCUCAACUUAAAAAAUAUUUUCAAGUAGGCGGCACACCUGAAAAUGUUAUUGAACUUCUAUCAAAAAAUUAUAUUGGUGUUGCACAAAUGGCUAACAUGGUUGCUGAAUGGCUUUUACUUGGAGGCGUUGCAGUUGGUGAAGUUCAGUCCUUUGUAGAAAAUCAUCUCAAAGAUAUGGUUUUAAAAACCUUUGAUCCAAAAAAGGCAGAUACUAUCUUUAGUGAAGAAGGAGAAACACCGGCUUGGUUAACUGAAAUGAUAGAACACAGAAUAUGGAGGUCAUUAAUAUAUAGAUUAGCUGAAGAAUACCCUGAUUGUCUCAUGUUAAACUUUACCAUUAAACUUAUAUCUGAUGCUGGUUAUCAAGGUGAAAUAACUAGUAUUUCUACUGCAUCUCAACAAAUUGAAGUAUAUUCUCGUAUUUUAAAAAAUUUUAUUACAGAAUCUAUAAAAACAUCUUCUGAGAAUAGGCAAACUACAAUUCAAGAAUGUGCUAAAAUGGUGUGUCAUAGUCAGCAUACUUAUGUUUUCACAUUAGUUGCUCUCCAAGUCUUAGCCAAAGAAUCAAAUGGGGGUGUUAAUAUGAAAAGAUUUGCUCAAGAAAUUACUCAUUGUGCUCAAGAAAGAAAUGAUGUGACACCCAUAACAAUGGCUCUAAACGGUGCUGCUUUGUAUGAUCAACCUUGUGCUGCAUUAAGUUCUAUGUUAUCGAGAAAUGCUUUAAAUCCUGCUGAUAUUAGUGUCCUUCAUAAACAUUACUCUUCGCCUGAUUCUCCCCCUGUCAGUUUACUUAGAUUACCACAAUUUUUAGAACUCUUGGUUCAAGCUUUAUUUAAACCUGGUAUGAAACUUAACCCUGAGUAUAAACCAAAAUACAUAUAUCUUUAUGCUUAUUCAGCUAGUGUAUAUGAAGUAACUUCUGGUAAAAAAAGAAAAAUAGUUAAUAAAGAUGAUUUAAAGUCCACAAUUCAAGCUGUUGACAAAGUUCAUAAUAUCUGUUAUAUGAAUAAGGGAUCUACUGAAUUGAUUGCAGAAGUAGCUACUAUCUAUCAAUGUAUCAGGUACCCGGCAGUUGCUGUUGGUUUAAUUUGCUGGGUUGAAUAUACUGUAAUGGAACCAAGUUUUUUUAAAUUGUGUACAGAACAUACUCCUACUCAUCUUGCUCUUCUAGAUGAAGUUGUUACUUGUCACCCUCAAUUACAUAAUAUAAUUCUGAAACUGCUUGUAUCUCUAUUUGAAUCGAAGCAAGAUGAAUUAGAAAUAUUAGUACAAUUAGAAAUGAAAAAAAUGUUACUUGAUCGUAUGGUAAAUUUAUUAUGUUGUGGAUGUGUUGUGCCUGUUAUUAAGUAUAUUGAACAAUGCUGGCAUCGUGGUGAUACAGACAUAUCAUUAAUAAGAUAUUUUGUUACAGAGGCUUUGGAAGCAGUUUCACCUCCUUAUUCUGUUGAGUUUGUUGAUUUAUUUUUACCUAUAGUUGAAAAUGAAGAAAUUACGGGUACUAUGAGAUGUGAUGGUGAUAAUGAUCCAGUUUCAGAGUUUAUUGGUGGAGUCAAUCAGAUAAAUUUAACUUUAGAAGAAUAGGUCAUGGUCAUUUUAUGAAUUUGUAUUAUUUAAAUAGACAACAGAUUUUAAUACCUCAAUUCAAGCAUUAUAUUUUAGUUUUAUUAAAGAAAAUA